AUGAAAUCAGCCAAAACAGAACAUAAAAAAAGAACACUCCAAGAGAAAAGCUCAUCAAUUGCACACUGCUUCCUCUAUCUUGUGAGAAUUGGUUGAAAAUGGGGAUGAAGAGAGGGAAAGAGGAGAAGAAGAAGAAGGGCAGAAGGGCAUGCUGUGUUAGAGAGGGAGUGACCAAAGGAGCGUGGACUCCCGAAGAGGACGUGAUUCUUGUUGACUUCAUUGCACAGAAUGGCCAUGGCACUUGGCGAAAUCUCCCUCUUCUUGCAGGUCUCCUCCGCUGUGGAAAGAGUUGUCGUCUUCGCUGGACCAACUACCUUCGACCUGACAUCAAACGUGGUCCCUUCAGCGCUGAGGAAGAGAAUACGAUUAUUCAACUGCACGGGGAGCUUGGUAACAAAUGGGCUAUCAUAGCCUCUCAUCUCCCAGGAAGAACAGACAAUGAUGUGAAGAACUUUUGGAACUCACAUUUAAGGAAGCGCUUCGACAGCAAGGCCCUCGACCAGCCAUCUUCAUCUUCAAAGUCAGGUUCCCCUAAUUGUCACAAGGCUCAGUGGGAGGGUGUGAGGGUCGAGGCCGAGUCUUGUCUCUCUAUCCCAUUCAACAACAGCAAAGGCGACUACUUCCUACACCUGUGGAACAGCAAAGUCGGAGAAUCAUUCAGAAACGUGCAUGAGGGUGGACAUGGAUGUGGUGGAGCUACCUCUCGCCGUUCAACAUCACAUUCAUCGUCAUCCUUGACCAUAGUUGACUCGACCAAUGGUAUAGAGCCAUGCAAGACCUCCAGCCCGGUGGAGAUGAAAGUCGAGCUUUGGGACUGCAAGAAGGAAACAGACAUUGCUGCAUUUUCAGACACAUCGAAGCCAUAUGAGGUCGAUGAUUCAUCUGAUGCAAUGCUGAAGCUGCUGCUGGAUUUCCCUGUCGGUGGAAACGACAUGGAAUUUCUCGAAGCACUCUCCUUCUGAGAGCCUUUUGAUCAUGAAAUGUAGCUUCUCCAUCUGGAUUUCAUACAUCUUCUUAGUUAUUUUGUAAAAUGAAACAUUUUUUGUGUGAAAAGUGAUGUGCUAAUUAUGUUGGAGAAAAACUGUAAUAACUCUUGCAGCUACAACUUUCUCAACCUUAUAAUCAAUCAAGUUCAAAACAUGGAAUCUCAAUUUUUCUUACAGUCUUCAUUUUCUAGCUUAUAUAAACCAAUAAAUCAUUAUUCACACAGAACAAACUUAACAAGAAACAAUUAUAUUCUAAGUACACCACACAAUAAAUCUGGCAACAAAUAAAAAGAGAUCCCAAAGCAAAACAAUGUACAAAUCAACUUGAGUUCCAAACCCCAUUCCAACUUCAGAAACAUCCAAGUAGUUUCUUUGGAACAGUGCCCGUGGCGCGAUAUUUUGCUGAUG